CGCAGCUCGCCGGCGGGAAGGCGAGCGCGCCCCGCAGCGCGGGAGGAUGGGCUGCGGCGGGAGCCGGGCCGAUGCCAUCGAGCCCCGCUACUACGAGAGCUGGACCCGCGAGACCGAGUCCACCUGGCUCACCUACACCGACUCGGACACGCCGCCCAGCGCCGCCGCCCCGGACAGCGGCCCGGAGGCGGGCGGCCUGCCCGCAGGUGAGCGAGUUCGGAGCCCGCAGAUGCCCGCACCUUCCCAAAGCCUGGCUGACCACAAGCUGUUUGCAAGCUUCCGCUGCCACCCUCUUCUUCCCUCUACAGGUGCACUGGAAGAUGGACUGCCCUCCAAUGCGAUGCCUCGAUCUGCAGCCCCAGAGAAGAAUAUGAACAGUGGCAUCCAGUGUCCAAAUUCCCAGAGCCUCAGCUCAGGCCCUCUGACUCACAAACAGAAUGGCCUGUGGACCACAGAGGCUAAAAGAGAUGUGAAGCGGAUGUCUGCAAAAGAAGUCACCAUUAAUGUUACAGACAGCAUCCGACAGAUGGACAGAAGUAAAAGAAUCGCGAAGAACUGCAUCAACUAGUGGAGUACCUGAAUAUACAAGCGGAUGACCUUCGCUAGGGUCCUUCACCAUUCGGGGUCCUGUCAAGGAAAGUUGGAGGAGUGGAUGCCACUUGGUGAACAUGGAUGCUGCAGAGCGCCUUGCAAAUCGAUGGUUUGACCAGGCAGCAAACAGCUGGCUUGAGCUGUUAGGACGUUCUCAGCUUCCUGUUUCUCACAUACAGUCCUUGUCUUGCACAGUCCUCAAAUACGUUAAUGACCCGCCAAGGUGCAGCUUGCUUUGCCUCUGUCCAGGCAAACCUCCUAUAAUUGGAUCUGCUGUGGACACAGUGAGUGAAAGGUACAGAUUGGAACACAAAACAGAAAAGCAAAAGCAGGAGAAGCUGGUUUGCUGGGGGAAAGAUUCACAAAGCAGUAUUGAGCUUUCCUGGCGUGAUAGUGUAGGGUUUCAGUAAGCUCAUUCUUUUCUUUUGCUGCCAUCACCAAUCUUGUUUUUUCACCUAAAAGCUGGCUUCCACCCAACUCUAAGCCCAGCUAUAUGAGAACCCACAAGCAAGAAAAACCAAGAAAAGUUCCUGUCAUUCACCCUGCUUCCAUAGCUCAGGAUAAGGGAUUAGAGUCAGCUUCACAGGCACUGGCUCCAGCAGCACCUAGGAAGUGGCCUCCUAGACAGGCCUCCUAUCUGGUAUCCAUACACUGGCUUCCCAUCCUGCACGCCAUGAUCCUUGUGGUCAGUGCACAUAACCUGCUCAGCCCAACAUGGCGUUUCCCCUCAUAACUCUGUAGUUCCCUUUCCUUGUCUUCUGCUAGAUUUUCUCUCUCCAUUUGGGUCAUUUGCAAUUGUAAUCAAAGAUAGGACACGGCUCACAGGAGGGAGGUGACGCAGGAACAUGUGGCAGCACACACAGCUUCCUUUUGGCCUCUCCAUACACAGCCUCAGGACUGUACUAUUUUGGUACUUGGAAAGUAAUCACUCUAGAAAGCCAGUACCUAGUUGAUGUGUAUUCACAUGCAUUUUGUUAAAAAGCAGGCAGCUUGCCAGGCAUCAAUAAUCCAAGUUACUCAGGCGGCUGAGAUCCGAGGAUCGUAGUUCGAAGCCAGCCCAGGGAAGAAAGU